AUGUCGAGCCGCGGGAGGCGGGACCGCGACCCCCGGGACCCCCGCGAGGCCUCGGCCGCCUCCUCCGCCCGCAGCUCCUCCCGCAGCCGCCGCGACGCCGAUGCCGAGCGGCCGCGGGGUCGGCGGGACGCGGAGCGGGAGCGCGCGCGGCGAGAGGCGGCGGAGGCACUGCCGGUGGAUCUCGCGCGCGUCAAGAGGGAACCAGGCACCGGCACCGGCGUCUCGGGGGGCUCCGGCACCGCCGCCCCCGCCGCGCCCGUCCGUGUGAAGCGGGAACGGGAGCCGGAUGGAGACUCCGACCCUGAGCCCGAGCCUGCCGUGCGCUACGGGCGCUUCGACCCCGAGGACCAGCGCAGCCGGCACUGCCCCUACCUGGACACCAUCAACAAGAGUGUCCUGGAUUUCGACUUCGAGAAGCUCUGCUCCAUCUCCCUGUCCCACAUCAACGUCUAUGCCUGCCUCGUGUGUGGGAAGUACUUCCAGGGCCGCGGGCUGAAGUCCCACGCCUACAUCCACAGUGUGCAGCUGAGCCACCACGUGUUCCUCAACCUGCACACACUCAAGUUCUACUGCCUGCCCGACAACUACGAGAUCAUCGACUCCUCUCUCGAGGACAUCACGUACGUGCUCAAGCCCACCUUUACAGCUCAGCACAUCGCCCACCUGGACAAACAGGCCAAGCUGUCCCGGGCCUAUGAUGGCACCACGUACCUGCCUGGCAUUGUGGGGCUCAACAACAUCAAGGCCAAUGACUAUGCCAACGCUGUGCUCCAGGCUUUGUCUAAUGUGCCGCCCCUGCGGAAUUACUUCCUGGAGGAGGAGAACUACCGGUGCAUCCAGCGCCCACCCGGGGACAUCAUGUUCCUGCUGGUGCAGCGCUUUGGGGAGCUCAUGAGGAAGCUCUGGAACCCCCGGAAUUUUAAGGCACAUGUGUCACCCCAUGAGAUGCUCCAGGCCGUGGUGCUCUGCAGCAAGAAGAACUUCCAGAUCACCAAGCAGGGGGAUGGGGUGGAGUUCCUGUCCUGGUUCCUGAAUGCACUGCACGCAGCACUGGGCGGCACCAAGAGGAAGAAGAAGACCAUUGUCACCGACGUGUUCCAGGGCUCCAUGCGCAUCUUCACCAAGAAGCUGCCACACCCUGACCUGCCAGCAGAGGAGAAGGCACAGCUGCUGCAGAACAGCGAGUACCAGGAGCGCAUGGUGGAGUCCACGUUCCUGUACCUGACCCUGGACCUGCCCACGGCACCGCUCUACAAGGACGAGAAGGAGCAGCUCAUCAUCCCCCAGGUGCCCCUGUUCAGCAUCCUGGCCAAGUUCAAUGGCAGCACUGAGAAGGAGUACAAGACCUACAAGGAGAACUUCCUGAAGCGUUUCCAGCUGACACGCCUGCCCCCCUACCUCAUCUUCUGCAUCAAGCGCUUCACCAAGAACAACUUCUUUGUGGAGAAGAACCCCACCAUCGUCAACUUCCCGAUCACGAACGUGGAUCUGCGGGAAUACCUGUCGGAGGAGGUGCAAGCCGCGCACACCCACACCACCUACGACCUCAUUGCCAACAUCGUGCAUGAUGGGAAGCCCUCGGAGGGCUCCUACCGCAUCCACGUGCUGCACCAUGGCACAGGGAAGUGGUACGAGCUGCAGGACCUGCAGGUGACCGACAUUCUGCCCCAGAUGAUCACCCUGUCUGAGGCCUACAUCCAGAUCUGGAAGCGACGUGAGGAAGAUGAGACAAACCAACAAGGUGCCUGAGAUCCUUGAGGACACCCAGAAACCCCCUUGGGGACACCCCCAGCUCCUCCUCAGGGGUAUCUCCAGCCACCUGAGACCUCUUAGGGAGCACCCCAAGCUCCUUUGUGGACAUCAGAGACUUUGCAGGCACACCCAUGGCCCAUCUGAGGACAUCUCCAUCCUCCCUGGGGCCACCCAGAGCACCCCAGGGGAACACCCAGACACCCCUGGGAGCACCCAGAACCCACCUGGGCACACUCCCAGUCCCCUGUGUAGGUGUGUGUGUGUCCCAGUAAAUGUCCCACUAUUUUUGUAACUCA